AUGGUGCGAGAAUUACAGGUCAAUGAGCUCUUCCCUUCUACACCCAGAUUCAGUCCAAAACGAGAUCCACACAUAAAAAUUCCAACAUACCCUGCUGAGCACUACAAAACUGACCGUGUUUUCUUCACUAAUCAGACAUAUCUUCCAAGUGAAACACCAGGGCCCCUACGCAAGUACAGAGAAGGUGAACUGGUGAAUCUGAGGGGAGAUGGAACCGGAGAGCUUAAGGAAUGGGAUCGAGUGUAUGACUAUGCUUACUAUAAUGAUUUGGGGAAUCCAGACAGGGAUCUCAAAUACACCCGCCCUGUGCUGGGAGGAUCUGCGGAGUAUCCUUAUCCCAGGAGGGGAAGAACUGGUAGACCACCAUCUGAAAAAGAUCCCAACACCGAGAGCAUAUUACCACUUCUGAUGAGCUUAAACAUAUAUGUUCCAAGAGAUGAACGAUUUGGUCACCUCAAGAUGUUAGACUUCCUGGCUUAUGCCCUGAAAUCCAUAGUUCAAUUCCUUCUCCCUGAGUUUGAGGCUCUAUGUGACAGCACCCCCAAUGAGUUUGACAGCUUCCAAGAUGUAUUAGACCUCUACGAAGGAGGAAUCAAGGUCCCAGAGGGCACUUUACUUGACAAAAUUAAGGACAACAUCCCUCUUGAGAUGCUCAAGGAACUUGUUCGUACUGAUGGGGAACAUCUCUUCAAGUUCCCAAUGCCCCAAGUCAUCAAAGAGGAUAAGUCUGCAUGGAGGACUGAUGAAGAAUUUGCUAGAGAAAUGCUGGCUGGACUCAACCCUGUUGUCAUCCGUCUACUCCAAGAGUUUCCUCCAAAAAGCAAGCUGGAUCUUGAAGUUUAUGGCAACCAAAACAGUUCAAUAACCAAAGAACACAUAGAGAAUCACCUAGAUGGCCUUACUAUAAACAAGGCAAUGAAGAAGAAGAGGCUAUUCAUAUUAGAUGACCAUGAUGUUUUCAUGCCAUACCGGAGGAGGAUAAACACAACUUCCAUGAAAACUUAUGCCUCAAGGACUCUCCUCUUCCUGAAAGACGACAGAACUUUGAAGCCCCUAGCGAUUGAAUUGAGCCUACCACAUCCCAAUGGCAUGGUUCAAAGUCGCGGUAUCGGUCACUGA